AUGGCUCUCGGAGAUGAUAAGAAAUCUGGCGUUGCUGGAGGAGUAACUGCUGUCACCUCCACGCUCGGCAAUGGAGUCGGUGGCCUUUUGGGCACCGUAGGCGGUGUCACUGGAGCUGCUGCUCGAGGAGUCGGUAACACCGUGACUGGAGUCACAGGUAACGCUGGAAAGCCUGUCGGCGAUGCUUUGGCUUCGCUUGGAAAUGGUGUCGAAGACGGCACCAACAACAUUGCUCGAGGUGUCGAGUCGGCUGGCCAAGGCAAGAAGGCUUGGUAA